GAGACUGCCAGGUUGUAUAACAUGUCAUAAUGUAUGCUACAGUUUGUGUGUAUAAAUGUCUACUCGCUAGUGUAAGAGAUGAAGAGAUAGUUUUUCAGUCUUCCAGUCUAAAUACAAGCUUCAUUAGAAAAAAAAGACUCUUUUGCUGUUGAUGUCCAUCUAAGACAAGCAUGUUAUCUCUAAGACACCAGAAGACGUUAUUGUGUGUGUUUAUCUUAGUGGACUCGUGUCAUUCUGUUCUUGAAAGGCCAACAUGUGACUUGACUUUUAUCAAUUUUACUAUCAAAAACGAAGAGUUAUUGUACCACGACAACCCGGAGUUGAAUUAUGUUCACAUUUGGAAUAAGAGCACAACCUCAGCCAUUGACUUUCAAAGAGAAGUCUGUGCUGACAGAUGUGAGGAUGGAUUUAAAGUGUACAGAACUAAAGCACGUAUAAAUAUUCAAUGUUUUUAUUGUGAAUGCAAGAGGCCGACCUGUGAAGCUUAUGGCAAUUGUUGUGAGGACAUCUCAUUUUCAGAUAAUACCAAGCCUCUUUCUUUAACACAACCAACUUACUUUUGUGACGAUAUAUCGAUACCAGGCAAUAGAUUUCUUUGCAUUCGCUCGUGUCCCAGUGACUACAACGAGAGCGAAGAAGUCAGAAGACUUUGCCAGGAUGAUGUUUCUGUGUCAGAGACAACAUUAGACACAUUUAUGAGAGUCAUUGACAAUCAGACUCAAGCUGUCUAUUACAACAUCUACUGUGCCAUGUGUAACAAAAUCAGCCAGGCCAUACCAUUUGAAAUCGUAAUGAGAUGUUAUAGUCUUUCAGAAAUCUACAUGGCGGAGAGCGCUAAUGAGUUGAUCAGGCUUAUGUUAUUGAAUCAUGAUGAUUGCAGACUUUAUCAAAAGUUCAAAAAAUACAAACACUUAUUUCAAUGUUACAAUCAACCACCUUACAAGACUAAAGUAAUCGAUGCCUGUGAUCCAACGGACCCUAGUAAAGUGAGGGAUCCAGACAUUGUAAAGGCUUGUAGAGAGACAACCGGCGUUAGAAAUGAGAUCUACAGUAUUUAUGAUUAUAAAUUGUACAAAAAUAUUUUCUGUCACAUCUGUGGAACCAUGUCGUAUCCCUUUGAGGUUAUGAUGCAUUGGUGCAUUGAAUUUCUAUAUGAUGGCGACGGUCCACAUUUUCGAGAUUUGAGAUAUAAUUUACACGUCUUGGAUGAAGACGGCAACACUGCCUCUCACCUCAGCAGCUGUAAUAACACUCAAUGGUCUUCACCAAAUGGAGAAUGUCUUCAGCUGCAAUGUUCUCCGGGCAAGAAAUUGAAGAAUGGAACAUGUAUUGCCAUAUUUCAAGAACUUGGUGGCCUUGCGUACAGAGUAAGGGCUCUACUUGUACCUAGAGACCGGAACGCAACGUACAACAAUGUAACUGCUGUUAUGACGACUGCACUCAAUCAGCUCAACAUUACUUUAAAAAAUAUCAGUGAAGGUUUCAUGCACCAGUUUGGACUUGCUACCAACAUUAACAUAACUGGUAGUGACCACGCAGUUCCUAUUUUAUGGACCGACCUUUACAUUUUUUCCUCAUGGGCUAUCGCAAGAGAUACAUUCGAGGAUAUUGCUCUGAAGAUCUUCUUUCGGAAGGGUCUUGACAUUGAUGGAAACACGUUUGUCUAUUACAAUGUAAUAAAUGAAGAUCUCUUUCGUCUCUAUGGCUCAGAUAUAAACUUAAUGUGGACAACCAAGUUAUAUUUAUAUGACUUUAAUCGGCCAUUCCUUCCUAAAACUUACCACGCGAUUAUUUUGUCGUCGAUACUAACCUGUACAUUCGUCACCUUUGAACCAUCGAAUUUUACUGUGGACUGGAACAGUACAGGUGUGAUUGGGAAUGUCGUGAUACACCUUGUUGUAGGUGGCACUAAUAUUACAAUCUCUGAUACGUCCGACAUGAACAGCUUGGUUGUGACUGAGAACUACGAACUGAACGUGUGUACUGAAGUCUUGGAGAAAUAUUUGAAGUUGACUCAAGGACAUAAAACGAUCAAACCUAUAGCCAUGGCAAUCUAUAUUUUGGCGUAUGUCUGUCCACUGAUUUCAGCGCUUUGUCUCUUGCUGACUCUAGUGGCCUACCUUGCACUGCCUGACCUUCGAACUGUGCCAAAUUUUAACGCCGUGCUCCUCAGUUUGAGUCUACUACUUGCCCAGAUGGCGUUGAUUUGUUUAUCUUUUAUACCAACACCCAGUACACUCUGUACAAGUGUAGGUAUAAUCACACAUUUCUUGUGGCUGUGGCACUUCUCUUGGAGCUUCUUGUGCAGUCUUCACGUGUUUCAAAUGUUUACAGACAAGAUUCCUGAGGCAACAAUGAAAGGCGGUAAAAAGUUAAUUUAUGCUGCCAGAGUGACGACACUCUCACUGAUUGGUCCACUAGUCGUGGUUCUCUCUGUUAUAGUUUCUUCCUAUAUGACAUCACACACUAUUGGUUAUGGUCAUAUGUCCUGCUUUCUAGACUCAUUAUUUCUUCUAGGUCUGUCUGUGGUAGCUCCAAUAUGCUUUGUUUCUAUCUGUAACUUGACAUUCUUUGGAAUAACAGUUGCAAGAAUUCGCGAAAUUAACCAACUGACGAGCCUUGCACCUGUUGAAGUGGAACAACACAAAUACUUUCUACUCUACGUGAAACUUUCAUCUGUGACUGGAGUUUUCUGGGUAGUGACCUUUGUGGCUGAAGCUAUCGACAGUGACGUCCUGUGGAUUAUCUCGCUAGUGUUGAAUGGUCUUCAGGGUGUUACGAUAUUUGUCUGUUUCUUGUGUAAGAAAAGGAUCUAUCAACUGUUUAGCUCCAGGUCCAGAUCUUUGUCCUCUCAAACUGCGUGUGUUCAACAACCAUCUAAGACCGGUGAUUGACUGCCUUCAUCGUCCACAAGCCAAAAUAAUUAUUUUCAUUUUUUUUACAUUCACUUUUACCUCUAGACUUACUUUUUUUUUGUCGCAGUAUCAUUUGGUAAAUGUGUACUUAUUACAUUAAUCAAAACACAUCAAUUGUCAACUUUAUUAUUCUGUAAACACAACAUGAUUAAUUAAUAAUUAUAUAAAAGGACAUUGGAAAAAAAUGUGUUUUAGCAGUUCCCCCCUUCCUCCAGCCCACUCCCACUAGUUCUCUGCUUCCUAAUCAUUUAGUGCAAAGCUCAUUUUGUACAAGAACAACGAAUAGAAAUAAUGUCUUGUCAUCACUCCGCACUCCCUCUACUCCUCUAUCAAAUAAGUGGUCUCUAAAACUUUUUUUUGAAAGGCGGACUUCACAUAUAAUUCAUUCAUAACCAUAGAAGUAUUUAAAAAUUGAAUUGUAUGUUUUCUUGUUUCGGUAUUUAAAACAUACUAACCUAAAUUAAACCAUGAAGUAAGCUGUGAAACCUAAAUUGUAAUGUUAUUUAAUUUGGAAGACAGGAGUUUUGUUAAACUGAUAGUUUCAGCUUGAAAGAAGAAUUUUAAAAAAAUGUUGUUUUGUUAGCCGACUUAAUUCUAUACAGAGAUAAAAAGACUAAACAAAUAUGUCUGCUGGUAACUAUUGAAUCAUACAAUGAAAGAUACAAUUCAAAUAGUCUUUAAACUUUGUAAUAUGGACAGCCGCCACGUGACAAUACACGUGACAGCUAUCUCUGGGCAUUUUCUUAUAAGAUUUCAAAUAACAUAUAAAAGUGAGAUAUAGUGCUUAUUUUCUAUAGCCCCGAAAAUCCUAAACAAAGAACUAAGAUCAUCAUUAAAGUAGAACGAUCAGAAAAACAGAGAAGAGAGGCUGGUAUUGUCAGACAACAUUUAGAGAUGCAUUUUUGCAUUUAGAUUAUGUUCUCUUCACCUUGAGUUUGUACUGUUAUUAAAAGCAAAGCAGGGUUAGGGUUAGGGUUGCGGUUAAUAUUACUAAAUUCAUUAUUUGUUCAAUAUUAUUGUGGGAAAUCAUUAGCUGGACAGGAUGGAUAGAAAUAAUUUGUGAUAGUAUACAUAUAUUAUAUAAAAAUAAAGCUAGUCUUCGAGUCCGAAGAUUAGUGAGGAAUGCAGUAUUUCCCAUGGCUGCACAGUUCCAGCUGUGACUUCCAUAUUUUGCUACAACCAGGAUAAGCAUAACCAUUGUCCGCAGGUGGUCGUCUGUGUUUGUCCUCGGCAGCAGAUUUUCUUUCGGUCUCAAAUGUGUAUCCUGCGGCCUUCGUGAGUGACCUCCAGAUGUCUCGUUCUGCAACCAGGUGCUCUCUUCUACGUCAGCUAAGGCAAGUUGGCGCCUAAGCUGGUCUUUAAAGCGUUUCCGUGGGGCACCUGUUACGUCGACCACCCUUUAGCUUACCAAAAAAGACUGCCUUUGGCAUACGUUCGUCUCCAAUACAGGAUACAUGCCAGACCCAGCACAACUGUCGGACCAAAAGAAGUCCGUCUAUACUGUCCAUGCCGGCGUUCGCAAGGACAUCAUUGUUUGUAGUGCGGUAGUGCGGUCUUGCACUUAAUAAACAAUAUCAAUGCUGUAUCCUUAAGGGGAGGUAUCCCUAGAGAAAAUUGAGUUUUAGGUCUAGGAUAUCGAUUUUUAACUAAUAACAUAAUUAAGUAGAUCAGUCAUUUUUCUUUACAUUACAAUCAUUUUUAUUGCUUAAAUCUGUGUCUAAAACAUGUUUUUUUAAUGUUUUUGUAAGGGCUAUGAUACAAAAUCUUAAUAAAAUGUAUACUUUAAACUUUUUUUUCUCAAAAUGUUAGUUUUUGCACAUGUCAUUGUGCUUUACUAGGAAUUUCUUCUAAACUACUUGAUAGAUUUUGAUGAAAUUUGAAACACUUCUUAAGGACAUCCUUAA